GUUACUACUGUCAACUUCAUUCACUAAGGCUGGGUCACGCUCCAAAGCGGAUGUUUUGUGCGUCGCCACAAUGUGACAGAAACAUGUUGCCUUGAUAUGGAGGCGCUUGGCAAAGGACCCCGCGGCAGCCACCUGCAGGCAUCUGCGAGCCUGCAGGUGCCCCGGAAGAUGUGAGCUUUGCGAUUUGGCAGCACAGAGGGAGCUGCAGCUGCCUCACCAUCCCUCAUGGCUGAAACAAAGAGGACAGAGACAGUGGCGCUCUGUAGCCAGGUGUUCACCACUGCUGCCCUGGGCCGUAAAAGCUCCAUCCCUCACCCUGCAGCUGCCCUCGCCGCCGUUCCAUUGUGCACUUCUAUUGUGCGGCCGCCCGCCCUUCGUUGAUUCAUCGGCCACACAGGGGACGAUCAUUCAGAUGUUUGUGUGUGUGUGUGAGGGGUGCGGGGGGGUGUUUGUGCAUGCAUUGACUACGCGUGCCUUGGAGAACGUCGCAAGUCUCCGACUCCUCCCGCCGUUAUCUGCGUGCCUCAUUGUGACACAGCCUCCCUGUGAUUGGUGGACAUGCUGGUGCUUGCAACAGGGGAAUGGCUGACAUUGUUCCUCCAUCUGUUCUGCUUCUCACUGUCCAACGUGCCUCUGUAGGGAAAACACCGAUCUGCAACCGUCCCAUUCGGAGUCUUCUACACUUUCACCUGCAGACUUCUAUCUAAGAAUCUAAACAUGUGGAAACUGGGUUGGAGAUUUUUUUUUUGUUCCCAUAUUUCUACGCUGAUGCACUGAUGAUCCUGUAAGCAUCAAUGACUCCAGGAUUGAGGUGGCUACAAUUUACCGGAUGUCCGAGAAAGCUCCAUGGGCCAGAAGAAUCAUGCGGAAGCAGGACCUGGCCACAUCCUCGAUUUGGGGCUUGAGUAUCUCCACGUAGCAGGCGCUGACCGUCAGGCUGGCAGCGCUGACGAGCCUCCCGCCAUGGAGGAUCAGGGGGAGAGCGACGCCGGUACCACCCCUACUCCCCUUGCAGCCGUGGCAGAGGCAGAUAGCUGUUACGGCAGAGAGGGCAAGCCAUGGGCUUCUCCCACUCCGCGGCUUACUGGUGACCUCAACCCCCACAGAGGCGAGAGCGGCUCAUCUCACAGCAAAAGCACCCACCAGCCGCUGUGUCGGACCCCGUGUGUGGACUUGGGGACCGAAGGACCACCCGAGCCGCCUGUCGAACUUUCGUCAGAGGGCCGACGAGACGGGCCUGCCCUGCUCCAGCACCCACCCUUGUCUCAGGAAAACCCCUCCAAUUCUGGGCCCGCACCCGCCUUUGCCGACGAGCAAUAUCAGGCCAAACUGGGAUUUGCGCUCAAACUGGGCUAUUCCGAGGAGACGGUGCGGCUGGUGCUCUCCAAGCUGGGACCGCGCACUUUGAUCAACGACAUCCUGGGAGAGCUGGUCAAACGGGGCUCUUCAGAUGGCGAGCAACCCUUCGGGUCGUCUGCCUCCACUUCAACGUCAUCGUCCUCUUGUUCCUCUUACAGUUCCUCCGAUUUGCCAGCAGCUCUGGGAUUGGACUCACCGUGCCUGCCAGACCCUCUGUGUGACCAAGAAAUCCUGCGGCCUGUCGUGGUGGACGGCAGUAAUGUGGCCAUGAGCCACGGCAACAAAGAGGUGUUCUCCUGCCAGGGCAUCCAGCUGGCUGUUGACUGGUUUUUAGAACGCGGCCACCAUGAUGUCACGGUUUUCGUUCCAGCAUGGAGGAAGGAGCAGUCUCGGCCAGACGCCCCAAUUACAGACCAAGAGAUCCUGCGGCGUCUGGAGAAGGAGAAGAUCCUUGUGUUCACUCCUUCACGUCGCGUGCAAGGUCGGCGUGUGGUCUGUUACGAUGACCGCUUUAUCGUCAAGCUAGCUUACGAGUCGGACGGCAUCAUCGUGUCAAACGACAACUACAGAGACCUCGCCAAUGAGAAACCUGAGUGGAGGAAGUUCAUCGACGAGCGACUACUCAUGUACUCCUUUGUCAAUGACAAAUUCAUGCCACCAGAUGACCCACUCGGCCGACACGGUCCCAGCUUGGACAACUUCUUGAGGAAAAGACCUGUGAUGCCCGAGCAGAAAAAACAGCCUUGUCCGUAUGGAAAGAAGUGCACUUAUGGCCACAAAUGUAAGUACUACCACCCGGAGAGAAGCGCUCAGCCGCAACGCGCCGUGGCCGAUGAGCUGCGGGCCAGUGCCAAGACCUGCGUUGCCACAAAGAACCAGGCCGACGCCGGGCUGGUGAAGAGCCACAGCAUGCCAGCUCGCAGCAUCGAGGCAAAGAAAGGUGUGGCAAAACGGCAGUCUGACCCUGGUGUCCGAGCUCUGUCGUACAGCGACGCAGAGGAGAAACUGGCAGCAAAAGACAGGACAGAAAGUCAGAGGACCGGCGUAUCAGGCGCUGUCGGUAAUUGCAGCGGGACCGCAAGCAUGCCCGCCGUCCUUCCGGGAGGCCAGCCCCCCUGCCCUCAGCAGGACCAACAGUCCCGAGCAGGCACCCUUCAGGGUGUCCCUCCAGCUCCCAGUCACGACCUCUACCCACACUGUGAGUCCCCAGACCUGAGCAGCUACUCGGCGGCGCACGCCUACAGCAACCUGCGCAUCUCAUCCAGGCAGAGCCCAGACAGUCGCAUCCCCCAUGACGGCGACCUCAGGCUGGACUCCGUAGGAUCGGCCGGCUCAGAAUGCGGCAGUGAAAGCAGCACUAGUUGCGGCAGCAGCUGCGACUCGUACAGCGAGCGGCCGUGUCACGCUUGCCAGGACAGCCUGGUUGAGGACGCCAGCUAUUACGGCAACAGCCACGGUCGGCUACAUUUCCGUCCAGCCGCAGGAAGCCACGAACUGUGCAGCCUUCAUUCGGCUGAUACUACCAGUGUGCCACACAGUAAAAUGACGAACCCGGGAGCGCACGGCUAUGAUACGAGCGCAGCACCAGGCCAAAGCUGGGAUCACAGUCGGUCUCUCUACGCAUUACCCCUUCAUUUCCCCCACCAGCCGUUUGCUACACGUUCGAGCUGUCCGGCCGACUACCACACGCUCGCUGCGUCUAACGCCCCUGACUCUCCUCUGUGCCGCCGCGUAGCUCCUACCAGAGCAGAGAGCGGAUCAGAAUCUCGUCUUUACGAUAAUCUGUGCGUAUUCCAACAUCACCACCGAACGAAAGCUUUGCCCACUUGGGAUGCGUACUACAGGGAGCUGCCGGCGCUUCCUCGGUACGGGCCCAGUGCCUAUCCUUGCCCGUCGUACACAUGCCAGGCAUCGUGGCACUCUCCUCGGUGGGCACAAGAUGGCUACACAUCACGCCGCUUGUCUCAUCCCUCUCUCCACUCAGCUCCGUCGCACUAUUUAAGUCACCCCUCUGCUCAGUCUUCUCUCCCACCCCACCUCGCCCCGUCCUCUUACACCUCGCAGCUUCCCGAGUCCCCCGGGCACAGCCGGUACGGGGACGCGAGGGAGAAAGCAUACGCCAACCUGUGCAAUAUCUUCCCCUCUGAGCUGGUGAGUCGGGUGAUGGCCAGGAGCCCCCAUGUGACGGACCCCCAGCAGCUCGCAGCCGCCAUCCUGGCAGAGAAAGCGAAUAUGAGCUACUGAGGCAAGUUUUCAGCACUUAUGUUGGGAAUCCACCAUGAAUGACCAACUGCAACAUGCUGACGGAACAGCCGUCAAGAUCUGUUUUGAUGACUAUAUCACUGAACAUGUCAGAUUUUGUGAAAAGUGUCACCAUUACAUACCUGUUAACUCAUUCAGUACCAACCAAUUCUGGACCAAGUCUGAAAAGACGUUUAAAAACGUCUUUGGGAGUGAAUGAGUUAAGCAGCAUAUUGUGGGCAAGUUACGUCGAGGUUGCACACCAAAAUUAAUCUGUGUGCGUUUUUGGCUUUGUUUUUGUGUGCUGAUGACAGACGGCUCGUCAUCUUGUUGGAGAUGACGCAAGUGUUUUGGGCCACGUGGAGAUGGUCGAUCCUGUGGUGUGUACCUUAGUUUUAGUAAGGGACAUCUCUUUCUCAUAUUGCACUCUCUGAGUAUACAUAUAAAUGUAUGUACUUAUAGAUAUACUACACCACACAAACACACUUAUUUAUAUAGAUCUAUGUGGCCCUUUCUGUUGGGUUGACUGGAAUCGGCUACUGACAGAAUUGCUUAUGUAAAUGUGUCACGUAAAUAUAUCGAAGUAGUUAUCUGUAGCCGAUUCCAGCGCAAUCACCAAUGAGCCGUGUUUGAUACAAAUUGUAUCCGGAACUGAGUCGCCGAUGUGAUGCAGGAUUUGAACUAGUCACACUUUUGAUGUAGUAAAUAUGUCCCGGCUCAUGUACUCCUGCGGUGGACAAAGGCAGUUCGGGACCUACGUUGUGUUAGGUACGUUAGCUGCUUUUGGGAUUUUUGGUUCGAAACAGUUUAUUUUCCGCAGCAUCUCCUUGAAAAGAAAUGUGGUCGUUCAGCUUUGUGGACUGGGUUAGUCUUUCAUGACCAGUGUGGAUUAUUGAGAACAAAAGCUGCUUUUUUGCAGCCUGUGUCGCUGGACUGGGAUGCUGUUGAAAAGAAGCACACUCAAAAAUGUGUGUAACCAAGAAGCGCCUUCGCUCAGGCCUGCUGGCACCAUGUGUCAGCGUGGCACCCGAGCGUGGGCCCAAAGUAAUGCCUCUUCAUGGCAUCGUGCUUACGACACAUCCGAUACUCUGAACUAUGUUCAGCUAACUGUUGUGCAUGUUUUCGCGCCUUUUGAUUUAUGCAUGUCUAUUUGUGCCGACUUGACUUAGCAGCAUUGAAAGUUCAAUCCAACAACUCUUGUCAUGAUUUUUACUGCUGUAGCUGUUGCUGUGAGUGUUCAUUAAAGGGUACCACCAUGAAAUCAAA